AAAAUGUCAAUAUUUUCUGAUAGAGCUUAAAUAGUUAACUCUCCUUGGAAUUAAUCUAAAUCUAAAUAAAUGUAUUCAUUUCCAAAAGAUGAUCGUUUUAAAAAUUCAAAUAUUUUUUAUACAUCUAAACCUUUUUAUGAUUUACCUUCAACAAAAACGCAAAGAGCCCCUGGAAUUGGUUAUGGAAAUAAAUAUGACUUUACUAAAGCAGGUUCUAAGACUCCUGCUCCUAAUACAUAUUAGUAAGAUAGUAAUACAAUAAACAAUAAUAUCAAAAAGGGCAUAUCAUUUGGAUUAAGUAGAGAGUAAAUGUCAAAUUCUAUGGGUCCUCUCGGUAACAUAAAUUCAAAACUUCCUGGUCCAGGAUAAUAUUAAAUUCCAACUGCAUUAAGUAAAUAAAGCUUUUCUUUAGGAUAAAAACUUCCUACAAUAGAAGAAUCAAAAUCAUUUAAAACACCUGGACCUGGAGCUUAUACUUAUUUACCAUCUAUAAAUGAAAAGGGAGUAUACUUUUUAUCUAAAUAUUAAAACUCAAAGUCAUGUUCAUUUAAUCCUUAAGGGGAAAGAUUUAAAAAAAAUAAUAAAAAUGUAGUACCUGGACCAGGAUAAUAUUAAUUAGUUUCAACAAUAAGUAAAGAUGGACAAUAUUUUAAUUCAAAAUUUAAAAGUAGUGGAUGUAUGUCUUUUCCACAUGCUUAAAGAUACGCAGAAGCUAAAUCUUAAAUAAAAUAACCUGGGCCAGGAUAAUAUAGAGUACCUAGUGAAUUUGGAUAUUAUGAAAGUGAAACUAAAUGA